UAUAAUCCAACACUUCAACAUCUGCUGUGCUGGGAGAAUUUCAGGGCGAUGCAAGUGGACACCAUAGAGGCAGAUAGUGAAGCUGAAGUGUUGUAACAGUAAUAACGGAACUAGUGUCUGACUGUGUGAAUCAUAGGUCUUAUUUAGACAUGUGAAGAGCAGGAGAUAGCAUCACACACACGCCGAUCGAUGAAAGAACCGAAAUGUUGAGACCUCUUCUUGAUUUCACACUAGCUGUGGUUUUAAAUGAUUACCUGUUUACUGGAGGUCAAGACAUCAAACUGGUCAAUGGUUUAGACAGCUGCUUUGGGACAGUUGAGGUCUUGCAUAAUGGCACGUGGGGAACAGUGUGUGAUGACUCCUGGGACAUUAUGGAUGCUGUUGUGGUGUGCAGACAGCUGGGAUGUGGAAGAGCUAUUAGUGCACUCGGUCAGUCUCUUUUUGGGAAAGGAAAGGGCCAAUUCUGGAUGAAAUCUGUCAGUUGUUCAGGCAAAGAGUUGUUCAUCUCAAAUUGCUCUCAUGAGAAUGGACCUGAUUGUGAUCACAGUAAAGAUGCUGGAGUCGUGUGUUCAGCUUCUUCAGUUGUUAUCAUUGGUGCUGUGGUAAUAGCUGUACUCUUUAUUUUGUCUGCACUGCUGAUUAUCUUCCUGGUAAAGAGGAGAAAAAAACAAAAGAAACUCCAAAUAUGCCCCUCUUCAAAUGAUGCAGUUAAUAUGGAAGAUGUGCUUCAUAGAGACCAAAAUGAAGAGAAUGCUGAUGAUGACUAUGAGAUUGUAGAUAUGGAUGAUGGAGAUGUCAACUCUGACUCUGAACAAGACUACAUAAAUGUAAAUCAGGAUGACACUGAACAGGACUAUGUCAAUGUAGAAUCAGACAAUUCAGAACAGGACUAUGUCAAUGUAGAAACAGAUGAUUCAGAACAGGACUAUGUCAAUAUCACACAAUAGAGAAGUACAAUAACUUUAAAGACUUAAAGUUAUAUGUUGAAAGUACUGAUUUUAAAUUUUCCACACAAAAAAGGACACCGGACAACAGCAUGAACACCUUACAACAUUCCUGAUGAAAAAUGGAGCUAGAAGUCGCCACACACGAAACAAACACAGUUAUCAGUGAACGUAUUCAUUAUAUCUUACAAACAAUGUCCCACAG